AUGAGUGCGAGAGAGAAGUAUGGCGACUGGUCGCGCAACCAGCUACUUAGACGCAUUGCACAGCUAGAAGGACGAGCUGCAUCGCUGGGCGUCGAUGUGCCGCCAGCCGAGCCGGCAGACGCGCGUGCCGCGGGCGUAGCGAGCACGAAUGCUGAAUCAGAUACCACAGUCCAACCGUCCAUUUGUUCACCAGCGAAAAAGCAGCCGCGACACUAUGAUGUGUCCGCCCAACCAAGUCGGAAAAUUGCGCUACGCUUCUGUUAUGACGGCGGAUCAUACUCGGGUCUUGCCGCUCAGAUGGGUCAAAUGACGCCAUUGCCCACUGUAGAGGAAACAAUAUGGGAGGCACUGUGCACGGCCCGCUUGGUCGAUGCGACCAAGAGCAUGGACGAUGUGGACUGGAGCAGGUGCGGACGCACAGAUGCAGGUGUAAGUGCGGCAGGACAAGUGGUUGCAUUGUGGAUCCGAAGUCGAUGCGUGGAUGAACGUCCAUUGCGUUACAAGACGGGCGAAGCGGCUAUACCGUUGACAGACACAAGUGACGAGGAACUGCCAUACGUUGCCACACUGAACCGUUUGUUGCCGCCGACCAUUCGGAUCCAAGCUUGGUCGCCAGUGCGACCGACCUUCUCGGCGCGCUUUGACUGUGUUUAUCGACACUACAAGUAUUUCUUCACUUUAGGAGCACCAAGCACGCUAGUGUGGCAGCCCGAGUCGCUUUCGCAAUUCUCAGGACGCCUGGAUCUUGAUCGGAUGCGUGACGCCGCUGCACGGCUCGUGGGCGAGCAUGAUUUCCGGAAUAUGUGCAAGGUCGAUGCAUCGAAACAGAUCACGAAUUUCCGCCGCCGCAUUGAUGGUGCGAGCAUUGACCCAGUGUGUCGCGGCUGGUCCGAUCGGCCUAUUCCAGCACCGGAUCCUCACAGCACCGACGAGCCCAUGUAUGUGCUAAACCUUCGCGGCUCAGCAUUUUUGUAUCAUCAAGUGCGGCACAUUAUGGCCGUUCUUUUCAUGGUGGGUGCACGGCUAGAAGACCCGUCUAUUGUUGACGAGCUUCUCAACGUUCACACAGGAGCUGCCGCAGCUGAUCGCUUACAUGUGUGGCAGUGGCUUGAGAGCAUGGACUCGAACCACGUCCAACAGCCGGCGAUCAUCGACUCGGCGGACAGGGCAGGGGCACUCACGGAAUCAGGCUCGACCAUGGCCCGCGUGACUGCCGGCAGUGCCGCCAUAAAUGCGCAUGACAAGAACCGCAUCCUGUCGCUUCCCAUGCCGCCCGAUGAUCUUCCUACCAUUGAAACAAAGCCUGCGUACGAAAUGGCAGCUGACCGUCCGCUCAUGCUAUGGGAAUGUGGAUUUCACCCGUCCCAUGUGCAGUGGCGUGCUAGCACGUAUGCAGGGCCAAUGUCACCUAUACCCCAGGAUGAUCGACUUAUUGACUACUCAUCUAGUGUGCGUGCAUCGAGUCAGUUACAUGCACUGUGGACAUCGGAAGCUAUUCGCACGGAGCUCAUGCGGCACCUUGUGCUUGCGACAGCUACUGGAUCUGGCACGAGUCUACCUACCUGUACAUCAUUUGAACAAGCACGCUCGCCGCUUGUUCCCCAAUCAACGUCUGAAGACAGCACAGCACCCGUUCCUGCUCGAGCACACCUUGUGCCGCUUGGGAACGGCACUAUUCGUCCCACUACACGCUACAAGCGCCUAGCAGCCCGGCCCCGCGAUGUAUCUGCGGAUGUAAAGAAUGAGAAAUGGCGCGAAGGCAAAGGACGUCGGCGUGCAGAACGGCGCCAAUCGCAUACUCCAGCUGAUUCGUAA